UUUUAUCUUGUUUAUCUUCUGUUUGGCGGUGUUUAUUACCUUUAAUAGGAUUUGGCUUUUAUAGCCAAUUUAAUUGCAAAAAAAGGAUAUUAUUGAAAAAAUAAGUGAUUGUAUAGUGAAGGACAGAAUACACAGUUUUUAAAAUGUCGGAUAUGACCAAUCUCGUUUAUAUAUGCGUUCACUGUGGACAAGUCGUUGAAAAUAAAGACAGUGAAUGGCACGACAGACAGUGUCCUGCAAAAAAUAUUAAUUUAGAUGAGGACCAAGAUGAUAUCGAAUUAAAUGUUGAUGAAAUAGAUGAAGAAACACCAGAAGCUAAACAAGUCGAAAAAGAUGAUUAUGUAGUGCGACUUAUAAAUGCUGUGAAAUCUCGUAUUUUACUUUGGGAUAAAUAUCAAAAACGCGAUGUUCCAGCUAGACAAAGGUUAUGGUUGGAAAUUGAACAAGAAUUAGGUAUUUCCGAACCCGGCGUUGCUAGAAGAGAUUGGAAUCAUCUUCGUGAUAAAUAUCGAAAUGAGAGGGCGAUUGUACACAGAGCUGAACAAGCAGGUCGACCAAUUCCACAAAGAUGGGAGUAUUUAAGUCAUAUGUCAUUCCUCGAAGCAAAUGAGUUACCCAAGCCAACAGUUAGAAGUAAUUCAGCGUCAAAAGUCGUUUCAUCAAAAAUAGUGACUGUAAAUGGAAAGAAAUUGGUACAGUCAACACGUACAAAAGGAAAACCUGGUCCUAAACCAGGUAGCAGGAGGAAAAAGCAAAUUGUAACAAAACCAAUAACAAGAUCAAAAAGAGAACCAAAACCAACGAAUUCACAGACAAUUACAAAAAUAACAACACCAAGUUCCACCGCCAAAAUGAAUGAAUUACGAGUUGUUGUUUCGAGAAAUGAUUAUCGUGAUUUAUCAAAGACAAAAACAAUGAAUAGUCAUGCAAUUAUGAAUAAUUCAAAUUCACGUAAACGACCACAACAAACCGAUAUGGAAACAACAACAUUAAAACAAGUUUGCAUUAGAAAUAAUGAACAAAUAAAUAGUGCAAAUGAUCACGAUACAGUCGGUAAAUUUUGCUCUUAUUUAGAAGUUAUGCUCAGAACAUUACCAAAGGAAAAGCAAGAAGUUUUUUAUGAGGAAACACUCGAUCAUCUUGCAACAUUAAAACGUCAAAUUCGAAGGUCGAAUCAUUCAAAUCCUGCGACUAAUUACAUGUGAAUCAUUUUUGGACUCUUUCUUUUAUUUUCGACUUCUUCAUUGAUAUUGUUUAUUUUUUUUCUUUCUUUCAAAAAUCAAAAUUUACGUAAGUGUCAAAAAAAAAACUGUUUUCCAUUAAAUUAACAAAAUAAAAAAAAUCUAAUUUUAUAUAUUAUUUUAUAUAAAUAUAUGUAUUAUAAACAGCUUUAAGUUUUUAGAUUAUCGUUAGUGUAAGGUAAAUAGCAUAAAAGAAAAUAUUUCAAAAUUUGACAAAAAUCUUCGAUUAUUUUUGGGUUAUUUUUUUUUUUUUUUUUUUUU